AUGAUCCACCUCCGGAAGCGCAUGAUCUCCCUCCUCACCCGGACACGAACCCGCGGCCCUUGCCCCCACAUCUCCCCUCUCUUCUAUCCCCACCGCCUCCUCUCCGCCACCAAAUGCGUCGCUGCAACCCCGUUCGCCGUCGAGGACUACCUCGUCGCCACCUGCGGCCUCACCCGAGCCCAGGCCCUGAAGGCGUCGAAGAGUAUCUCCCAUCUGAAGGACGCCUCGAGGCCCGACGCGGUCGUCGCCUUCCUCUCCAAUCUCGGCCUCUCCAGCGCCGAGGUCACCGCCGCCGUCACCAGAGACCCCAAAGUCCUCUGCUCCGACGUGGAGAGAACCCUCACCUCCCGCGUCGCCGAGCUCACCGACCUCGGGCUGUCACGUCCAGAGAUUAUCCGCCUCCUCAUCGUUGGCAUGAACCACUUCCGCCACGGCUCGCUUCGCCUCAAUCUUGAGUUUUGGAUCUCGUUCUUUGGCUCCCUCGACGAGCUCAUGCAGGCGCUCAGAAUUAACGCCGCUCUCCUCAGCCAAAGCAUUGAGAAGGUGUGCAAGCCCAACUUGGCGCUCCUUCAGAAAUGUGGUAUAAGUGUUUCUGAUAUCCCCAACAGCUUCAUGUCCCGGGUGCUCACCGCGGACCCUAAGAACCUGCAGGAAGCUUUGGCUCGCCUUCAUGAGUUUAGAAUCCAGCAGGGCUCGCAAUCGUUCUUCCGCGGGCUUUGUACAUUUGCAAUCCUUGGCAGUGAGAGGAUAACCAAGAGUAUACAGCUGUUUGAGAAGCUUGGAUGGUCAAAGGAUCAUAUAGUAUCAGCGGUGAAGGGGGACCCGAAUAUAUUGGGUUUCACCGAGGAAAGGGUUCGAAGAAGCAUGGAAUUCUUGAUCGGGGUUGUUGGAUUGGAGGUACCAUACAUCGCACAAAGGCCAACGCUGAUAAAUUAUAGCAUUGAACGUCGGUUGCUGCCACGGAACUGUCUGAUGAAUUUUCUCAGGGCAAAGGGGCUGUUCAAUGACAAGCCUACCUUCUUUUCUGUUGCCUCUAUAAGCGAUGAUAUAUUUCGACGACGAUACGUGCAUCCUUACGAGGAGAGCUUUCCAGGGCUUGCUGCUGCUUUUGCUUCGAGCCGUGCUGGAGAAAACCAAUGGGAACAGCUGUAUAAGAUGACAGGCGAAAAUAGAGAGAGCUGA